GCUUGCUGUGGUAUAGCAAGCCCAGAAGAACUAGUGGAUAGGAACCGAAGCCUAAGGCCAAGGCAAAGGAUCAAGAUAGAUUAUUGUGAAUCUGAAGGUGGUGGAGCGUUUGGUUUCUCCGUUGGAUCGAUUGUAUUCUUGCAGACUGGUGCCAGCGGGAGCUGCGGAGAAGGUCAGCAAUACCUCAUCUCUGGACAAUCCACGCCAGGAAGCAGUUCUCAGUCCGAGUGGUUGAUUGCUCUCUCCACUUGGGCCGCUAGCAUGGGACAAGGGGCGGAUGGUCAGCCCUUGGAGGGGGCCCAGGGUGUCCCCCUGGACAUAGAAAACUCGCCAGUAGGGUCAACACAACCAGCUGCAGCGCUAGCUUCAGCGGCCCCCCUGGCGGGUGCGAGCGCUGUGCCCCCGUCCGGCACGAUGGAACCCCUCACUGAGACCAAGUCUGCAGAGGGCGCAAAGGGCGGGCCUGCUAAGUCCGUUUCCUUCCGGAAACUAUUCACAUAUGCCGAUAAGCUGGAUUGGAUCUGCAUUGUGGUCGGGACGCUCGGGGCUGUAGCGAUGGGGGCUGCGAUGCCCUUGCUGACGCUCCUGUUUGGGCGGCUGAUCAACGCGUUUGGGAACAACUCGACCGACCCCGACGAGCUUUACAAGCAAGUGAAGACGGUGGCGACCUUGUUUGUCUAUCUUGCAAUAGGAGCGGCUGUCGCCGCGUACUGUGAGGUUACUCUGUGGUCCCUGGCCGGCACCCGCCAGUCUGCCAGGAUCCGCAGCAAGUAUUUGAAAGCGAUCCUGCGGCAGGAUAUUGGAUUCUUUGAUACGGAGACCUCAACCGGCGAGGUUGUGGGGCGAAUGUCUGGAGAUACGCUGAUGAUUGAGCAGGCCAUCGGAGAGAAGGUUGGUCAGUACAUCCGGCUCAACGUCCAGUUCAUCGCCGGUUUCGCCAUCGCCUUCUCGAAGGGCUGGCUCCUCACUCUAGUUCUCCUGGCCGUCACUCCUGUGCUGGUCGUUGUCGGAGCAAUUAUGACGUUCUCAAUGACGCGUCUAGCCGCCCGUGGCCUGGAAUCAUAUGCGCAGGCCGGCAGCCUCGCUGAGCAGGUUAUCGGCGCAAUUCGGACGGUGGUGUCAUUUGUUGGCGAGAAGAAGGCCGUCCAAACAUACGACUCGAUGUGCAAGGAAGCGUACAAGGUCGGGGUGCGGCAGAAGUUUGCGAUCGGGGGUGGCAUGGCCGUGUUCCUCUCGGUCGUCUUCUGCACGUAUGCGCUCGCGCUGUGGUACGGGUCGAGGCUCAUCCUCAAGGGUGACUAUACCGGAGGCGACGUCAUGAACGUCCUGUUCGCCGUCAUGAUUGGCGGCAUGAGCCUGGGCCAGGGAUCCCCCAACCUCGCCGCCAUCGCCUCUGGCCGGGCUGCAGCCUACAAGAUGUUCCAGGUGAUCGAGCGCAACCCCCCGAUCGAUGUGGAUGACUUGUCCGGCGAGACGCCUGCCAGCGUGAAUGGCGACAUCGAGCUGAGGAGCGUGGGGUUCUCGUACCCUGCCCGUCCCGACGUCAAGCUGUUUACCAACUUCAGUCUAAGCAUCCGGGCAGGGCAGACGGUUGCUUUGGUUGGGGAGAGCGGUUCAGGCAAGUCGACAGUGGUUUCGCUCAUCGAGCGCUUCUAUGACGUCACGUCGGGUUGCGUCACCCUGGACGGUGUCGACAUCCGAAAGCUCCAGCUCAAGUGGCUCCGACAGCAGAUCGGGCUAGUGUCUCAAGAGCCUGCCCUUUUCACGGCGAGCAUCAAGGAGAACAUAGCGUAUGGCAAAGACGGCGCGACUAUGGACGAGAUCGUCAUUGCUGCGAAGGCCGCCAACGCCCAUAAGUUCAUCACGAAGCUGCCGGCCGGCUAUGAUACGCAGGUGGGCGAGCACGGGAUCCAGCUGUCAGGCGGGCAGAAGCAGAGGGUUGCGAUUGCACGGGCGGUGCUCAGGGACCCGCGCAUCCUGUUGUUGGACGAGGCGACGAGCGCGCUGGAUUCUGAAUCGGAGCGGAAGGUGCAAGACGCACUGAACAGGGUCAUGGUUGGGCGGACCACGGUGGUUGUCGCACACAGGCUGACGACCAUUAUGAACGCGGACAAGAUCGCCGUCGUCCAGCGCGGAGCGAUCGUCGAGGAGGGCCGCCACGGCGAGCUGAUGGCGCGCCCCAACGGCGCAUAUGCAGCGCUUGUUCGUUUGCAGGCCCUGGAAGAGAGCCGCCCACAGCAGAAACCGGUCCUUGCUCUGAGCCACUCCGGUCUGAAGACCGCCGGCGGUCUGCGGCAGUUGCAGCUCACCGCGAGCGGACUAAGCGACAAGGAAGCGGGAAAGAGCUCCCCAGCCCCCGACACCAAGACCCUCCGGCACCGUAUCUCAAGCAGCAAAUCCGAGGGGGAUCCCCCGGGCGACCUCGAGACCGGGUCAACCAAAAGCCAGCCCAAACCCGUAUCUUUCGUCCGGCUCGCCGCUCUGGCGCGCCCGGAGCUCCCGUUCGCCCUCGUGGGGACGGUAACGGCUAGCGGGAACGGGCUGCUGUUCCCGAUGUUCUCGCUGCUGCUGUCGGAGAUCAUUACCGUGUUCUACGAGCCGCCGUCGCAGCUCAAGAGCGACGCGAACUUCUGGGCUGGGAUGUUUGUGGUUCUCGCGGGCGGCGGCGCCGCCCUUGCCUUUUUUCAGUUCGCCUGCUUCGGAAUCAUGGCCGAACGGCUCAUCCACCGCGUGCGCCGCAUGACGUUCGCCGCCGUGCUGCGCCAAGAGAUCUCCUGGUUCGACGACGACGCAAAUGCUUCCGGUUCCGUCGGCGCGCGCUUGUCGGCUGACGCGGAAGGGAUCAAGGGUUUGGUGGUUGACCAACUGGGGUUAACGGUUCAGAACCUGGCGACCAUUACCGCGGGGCUGAUCCUGGCGUUCCGGUCGGAGUGGCGCCUGACGCUCGUCGUGCUGUCGAUCGCGCCGCUCCUAAUUUUCGGUGGCUAUGUCCAGGCCAAGAGCAUGAAGGACGGCACGGUGAAGGCGAAGCAGAUGUACGAAGCCGCCAGCCAGGUGGCAAACGACGCGACCGGAAACAUCCGUACGGUGGCAGCGUUUGGAGCCGAGGACAAGAUUCUGGGGCUGUAUAGGAGACAGGUGGAGAUUCCUGAGCGCGUCGGCAUGCGCUCGAGCCAGGUCAACGGCGUCUCCUUCGCCUUCUCCCAAUUCGUGGUCUUUGCGGCAUAUGCGCUGAGCUACUGGUACGGCGGGCUGCUCGUCAAGCGGGGUCAGGCGUCCUUCAAGGACGUCCUACAAGUGUUCUUCGCCAUUGUGCUGAGCGCCAUCGGCAUCUCCCAGACUGCUUCCAUGGGCCCCGAUCUUCAAAAGGCGCGCAACGCGGUGGCCUCGAUCUUUGCGAUCCUGGAUCGGCGCCCGCAGAUCGACUCCGACGAUACCUCCGGCAUGACCCUUCCUGCAGUGAAGGGCGACAUCGCGUUCCGGAAUGUGCACUUUGCAUACCCGCAGCGGCCGGACGUCCAGAUCUUCCGCGGCAUGAGCUUCGACAUCGAGUCCGGACGGACGGUGGCGCUCGUCGGCGAGAGCGGGUCCGGCAAAUCGACGGUCAUCGCGCUCAUCGAACGGUUCUACGACCCCGCGACAGGAACCGUCUCGGUAGACGGAGUCGACAUCAAGAAGAUGCAGCUCAAGUGGCUGCGCAAGCACAUCGGGCUCGUCUCCCAAGAGCCCAACCUCUUCUCGGUCAGCAUCCGCGACAACAUUGCUUACGGCAAGGAAAACGCGACAGACGAAGAGAUCGAGGCGGCCGCGCGCGCCGCAAACGCGCACAGCUUCAUCGAGCGCUUGCCGGAGCGGUACGGCACCCAAGUGGGCGAGCGGGGGGUGCAGCUGUCGGGCGGACAGAAGCAGCGGGUGGCGAUCGCGCGCGCGAUCCUGAAGAACCCGCGGAUCAUCCUGCUAGAUGAGGCGACGAGCGCGCUGGACGCGGAGUCGGAGAAGUUGGUGCAGGACGCCCUGGAUAAGGUGAUGGUGGGCCGGACCACUGUCGUUAUUGCGCACCGGCUGACCACAGUCCGCAAUGCCCACAAGAUUAUGGUCGUCCAGAGCGGCGCGAUCGCGGAGCAAGGGACGCACCAAGAGCUGCUGAAGAUCGAGGGAGGGGCAUAUGCCAGCCUCGUCAAACUUCACCAGGCCUCGGACUAAUCACUGAAACGUGUACGGCACCAACCGAGAGUUGGGACGAUACAGUAUAACAUUUUGUUUGGAUAAUGGAGCGGUUAUACUUCUAAUAUUGGACGAAGACAGUCAUUAGUUGCCUGUUACUGUGGUUGUUGUGUUAAAUAGGCCGGCGCUAAAUAAGCCGGCAUAAGAACGGUCUAUGGGCACUCAAGCGGUUGUUAUAAACGAGAUGCGCGUAUGGCUCUUUGGAACGCUUGCGUUGAGCUUACUUCUUAACGGGGCCGGGCUGGCUGCAGAGAUAGGACAGGGCGUUGGCAAUCUUUCGCUACCGUGGGAUUCUGCAGACAGCGCUAUGGAAGGGUGAGCAAGAAGCUAAAAAGAGUAGAUAGGAUGCUCGGCGGGACUGAUGUAUGGACUAUUGCUCGCACAUUACGUGAUUCCAC